AUGGCUCACGCGCCGCGGGCGCUGCUGUCGCGGGCGACGUGGGCGGCCCCAGUGGAGGCGAUCGCGCUCCGGUCGCUGUACGUUCGGGUCAAGCCCGCGCCCAUCAACCUAUCGGAGCGCCGCGCGGUCCUGGCAGCCCUGAAGCAGCACGCCCUGGGCGACCUGCAGGUCUUUAAGCAGCUCCAGGAUCCCUCGUCGUUCAUUGCCGUCGUCAAGACUAGCACGAGGGCCCGGCUCAUGGUUAGCCGCUGCCCUCUGCAGUUCGACCACAUCCCGGAACGGUCCGGCGUGCACCCCGACCCGCGGGUGCUUGGGAAUGGUGCUGCUACAGAAUCAACUACAGACGAUGCUGCCGAUGCCGAUGCCGAUGCCGAUGCCGGUGGCCCUGCGAGCGAUGGCGGCGAAAAGACGUUUACGAUCGGGGCGUCCCUCGCGCCGGGCUACCAGCACCACGUGCACAUCGAGCAGUCGCCGCUGCACGGCCCGUGGCCCGGCAGGAACUACGAUGCGAGGCCCGGCUGGCAGCAAGACCCGCGGCCCGUCAGGAAGGACGACCCGCUCGCCAACGCCACGUUUGCGACCGAGGCGCUGCGGUCCAUCAUACCGAACAUGGCGGGCUCCAGCGCCCUGGCGGACUGGGAGAUUGGCGUCGGCGCUGGCGGCAUAGACGGGGGCCUUUCUCCCAGGAUACCGGCGUCGGCGAGGAUCAGCAGCAGCCCAGAUGCCGCUGCCGCUGCUGCGUCCAACGACGCCGUCAAGAUGGACCAUAUCAGGCGCCGCAAGCUGCGGCAGGCCAGCCGAGACGAGAUCACGAGCCUACUUGGGGGCGCCGAUGACUCGCAGGUGACUGUUUAUACCGUGGCGUGGCCGCUAGCGCGCUAG